AUGGAGGAAGAGGCGGCCGUUGGUGGCCUUGCCGGUCCCUCUCAAAGCGGACUACGACGGCGCAUCGGUCGGGGCAAACGAAGUACAGGAGUCGUCGGUGAAGCUAGCUGGGCCAGUAGCGUGAUCAAUCUCGUCAACACAAUCAUCGGAGCCGGUGUCUUAGCGAUGCCUCUGGCUAUAUCGCAUUUUGGAAUCGUGCUGGGCAUAUUCGUUAUUUUGUGGUCGGCUGCAACUGCAGGAUUUGGCCUCUAUCUUCAAUCUCGAUGCGCGCAAUAUCUGGAUCGAGGCAGUGCAUCAUUCUUUGCGCUUUCGCAGCUUACAUACCCAAAUGCUGCUGUGGUUUUUGAUGCUGCUAUCGCGAUCAAAUGUUUCGGCGUCGGGGUGAGUUAUCUCAUCAUUAUCGGCGAUCUCAUGCCAGGAGUGGUCCAAGGAUUCGUGGGCGGCGACCCUUCAUACGACUUCCUGGUAGAUCGCCAUUUCUGGGUGACUGCUUUCAUGUUAAUCGUAAUCCCUCUCUCCUACCUGCGCCGAUUGGACUCUUUGAAGUACACCAGCAUUGCUGCUCUUAUAUCGAUGGCCUACCUCGUUGUCCUGGUAGUCUAUCAUUUUAUCAAGGGUGACACAAUGGCUGAUCGGGGUCCAAUCCGCGUGGGCCAUUGGGCAGGUCCCAUUCCGACUUUGAGCAGUCUGCCUGUGAUCAUCUUUGCCUUCACAUGUCACCAGAAUAUGUUUUCUAUUCUCAACGAAAUCGCCAACAACAGCCAUUUCCGUACAACUAGCGUUGUCCUCGCCAGUGCCGGCAGUGCUGCUGCCACUUACAUCCUUGUCGCUAUCACUGGUUACCUCUCCUUUGGUAACAACGUCGGGGGCAACAUUGUCGGCAUGUACCCUCCAGGCGUUUACGCCACUAUCGGGCGAGCAGCAAUUGUCAUGCUCGUCAUUUUCUCCUACCCAUUGCAAUGCCACCCCUGCCGAGCUUCAGUUGAUGCGGUGCUGAAAUGGCGGCCUAACCCCAAAUCCAGUGGUGCCGAAGGCGGCUCGCCCCAUCGGCAUCCGCUGUUGGGACCUCGCGGGACUCGUACACCAGAACCGAUGAGUGACCUCCGCUUUUCGAUCAUCACCACUACGAUCCUCAUCCUGAGUUACCUCGUUGCUAUGACCGUGUCAUCCCUUGAAGCUGUCCUAGCCUAUGUUGGCAGCACUGGUAGCACGAGUAUCAGCUUUAUCCUGCCGGGUUUGUUCUACUACAAGAUUUCGGCGCCAGAUUCGCCGGCCCAUCGGGGCCUCCUGAAGGAAGAUGACGAGGCUGCGGAUGACAUGUCUGAUGAGGAUGGGGAGGUCGAAGAUGACGGGGAGGGCUCCUUGGCUCGAUCCUUAACUGAGAGUGGCAUCCUUCGUCGCCAUACCCGCCACUGGCGCAAAUCUUUGCUCCGUCGACUAAGCCUGGCCCUUGCCGGGUACGGCGUUGUGGUCAUGGUGGUGUGUCUGAUCACCAACACCUUCUUUAUUGCCUCUCACUGA